AAAGGAAAUUAAAUUUAGAGUGAUUGAGGUCUGAGAAAUGGGGGAUAGAAUUGAAGAAGGGGCAGUGAAGGGGGCAUUUAGGAGGUCGGUGGAUGGGAAAAGGGAUUGGGAAGGAAAAUAAUUGAUCAGAUAAAAUUUUAUGUUUGUAAUUGCAGCAAAUUGGCGGGAAAUGAAUGGAUUUUAAAGGGGGAGGAGUUGAUGGAAUGUUUUAUGGAUUUUUUUGUAUUGAAAUUUUAAUUAAAACAAAAGCAUUGAAUCUCAAUUUAAAUAACAAAAUACAUUAGCAUAAAACAAAUGACAGAUAAUAAUACUAAAAAGGAGGCACCACCCAAAAGACCAUAAUGCGCUUUCUUUAUUUACAAAUAGGAGGUGUAUUAAUAAGUCAAGGAUGCCAAUCCAGGCAAGAAAAUGACUGAUAUCACAAAAAUCAUUUCUGAAUAGUAUAAACAACUGGCCAAGGAUAAAAUCGAUUAAUACGAAUAAAAGUACAAGGAUAGUAAGGCUAUCUUUGAAAAAGAAAAGAAAGCCUACGAGGAUGUGCAUGGAAAGAUUAAGAAUGAAAGAAAGAAGAAGAAGGAUGAUACCAAGGUUACCAAAAAACCAUAAAACAAAAAGUAGAAGAAAUAAGCAUCCGAAGAGGAUGACAGUAGUGAAGAUGAUGAUUGA